ACUCUCACUGUGUCCAGAGGUUCGACCCCGGUCUGGGACUCCUCCCCCCCAUGACCCCCCUGGUGGGGGGCCUCAGCCUGGUGCCCCCCCCACACGUCCCCCCCGACAUGCCCCUCAUCAAGGAGAUCAUCCACUGCAAGAGCUGCACCCUGUUCCCACAGAACCCCAACCUGCCCCCCCCCUCGACUCGGGAGCGCCCCCCCGGCUGUAAGACGGUGUUUGUGGGGGGGCUGCCGGAGAACGCCACCGAGGAGAUCAUCAAGGAGGUGUUCGAGCAAUGCGGAGAGAUUGUCGCCCUCCGCAAGAGCAAGAAGAACUUCUGCCACAUCCGCUUCAGCGAGGAGUUCAUGGUGGACAAGUCCCUCUACCUGUCAGGGUACCGGAUGCGGAUCGGGUCCAGCUCUGAGAAGAAGGACUCGGGCCGCAUCCACGUAGACUUCGCCCAGGCACGGGACGACCUGUACGAGUGGGAGUGUAAGCAGCGCUCCUUCGCCCGCGAGGAGCGCCACCGCCGCCGGGUCCACGAGGCCCGCCUGCGCCCCCCCUCGCCCCCUCCCAUAGUGCACUUCUCCGAGCACGAGUCUGCCAUGUUGGCAGAGAAACUGAAAGAGGACCAGUCGUUCAGCCAGGCCACGGCGGUGCUGUCCUCCUGGAUCGAGCGGGGCGAGGUGACCCGGCGGACCGCCAACCUCUUCUACUCCCUGAUCCAGUCGGCCAACGGCCACGUCCGCCGGCUGCUGGGCGAGAAGGCGCAGCACGAGGAGGACAUGGAGCGCGCCAGGGACACCUUCAGGGACGCCCUGCUGGCCAUCCUCACGCAGUUCGAGCAGAUCAACGCCGUUUCCACACGCCGCCACCGCAAAGCAUGGGACCAUUUCUCAAAAGCACAGCGAAGAAACAUAGAAUGGCGCAAGCAGUGUGAGGAGCUGAGGAACGCCCACAGUGAAGAGAUCAUGGGCUUCAGGCGUGAGGAGGAGAUGGAGAUGUCCGACGAAGACGACGAAAACCCCUGCAAGAGGAUCCGAACCGAGGAGAAUGGAGUGUGUCUGACGGAGGAGAACGAGUCCCUGCGCCUGCAGCUGGACGCCUACCGCAGCGAGGUGGAGCUGCUGAGGGCGGAGCCGGGCCGCCGGCCGGACGACGACCUCACGCUCACGCACGCGCACGGCGCCGAGGCUCAGGUGCAGCUGCUGCACCAGAACAUGCACAACAUGCAGCAGGAGCUGGCGUGCCUGCAGGAGAAGCUGUUGGUAGGGAGGCGGAGUGAGAAGGCGAGAGAGGAGCACCGCUACCUGGAGGCCCAGGUGCUCAGCCUCGGGACAAGGUGACUGCUCAGUAAUGGAGAAGCUGUUGAAUCCAACGGAGUUGUGCACGAGAAGGCGAUGAACGGGUGUGCCCCCUCCCUGUUCCUCGGAGAGAGGAGGAGUGAGGUCAUCAUGAGAGGGGGGGUCGCGUCCGAGAAAGAAGCGCUGCUGCGGGGAAUCAUCUCCACCUUCCUCCACGUCCAUCCGUUCGGGGCCAACCUGGAAUAUCUCUGGUCCUACAUCCAGAGACUGGACUCAAAGGUGUCGGCGGCGGAGCUGGAGCGUCUCAUGCUGCGCCUCCCCUCCAUGUUCCGCCAGCUGAGCGGCGUCGGCGCCACGCUGGAGAAACGCUGGAAGUUCGUGUGGUUCAACACGCUGGAUCAGCAUGACACCACACACACCCACACACACACCAUACACACACACAGAGAC